AUGGGGCGAUCGAAACGCACGAAUAAACCAUAUUACCGAGCGCGCCACAAGACGUUGAACGAUUUGUCAGAGGAGGAUACUAAGCAUAACUUUGAGGAACGCUUCAAGGGAGUAGGAUCGCGUCGCCAAGCUUCGGAACCAGUGUACUUCGGCGUACUCGAUGGUCGCGCCGACUCCUUCAAGACCGUAACCCAGGAGAACUACCGAAAUAUAGCGAAAGACCUGAAAGAAGACCCGCAGCAAGGUGGAGCGCAGAAAAAUCUAUCAUCAUCAUCUCGGAGCAACUAUGCCGGCGCGCACGCGCAAUUCGUCCCAAAUUUACGACGUGGCCCAGGUUCAGCGAUAUCACUUUUCGCCCUCCUCGUCAUCGGCGCCUUCAUCCUUACACAACCCUCCGUCGACGGCAUCGGCCCGUUCAGAGAGCGAAUCCCAGAAAGUUACGAACAGACCUACCAAGUGCAUGACUAUACGCAGCUCUCCGCUACUCCAAUCCCUGUCGGCCAGAACGCUGACUGGGCCGAGUCGGCGGAACUAAACGCCCACACAUUUGGAAUUUCCCAGGACUCGUUCGCACCAUUUCCCAACAGCCAAAAUACCGUCUACACCCCCGACUUCACCUACCUGUCUUCAAGUCAUUCUAUUGCGUCCUCUCCAAUGUCUCUUGUAGACUCUCCCGCCUCACAAUUGUUCCCUUUGCCCCCACACGAACCCGACGAUUCGUCCCAAACCUUGUCCUUCGACUAUGCCAACGCAAUCUGGGCGGGUGUUGCGCCGGCAACUGGCUAUGGGUACUAA